AUGUUCCUUGGCGAGACGGAGCCGGAGACCCAGCUGGAGACGGUGCUGAAGAGCCUGGAGGGGGGUCGGAGCGUCGCUGACUGCCCGCCGGAGCAGCUGGACCGGCUGACCAACCCGAAGCUGCGCGACCGACGCACUGCCGGCUUUCCCAGCCACCGGUACAGCUCCGCAGCCCGGCCACUGGCUCCAGUCCACAUGCUGGCCUGGAACGACACGACUGCGCUCUGCGAGGUCCAGGAGCACACCUACCGCACAGAGAAGACGGGCAGAUUGGACGCGGAGGUGGUCAGUGUGCACAUGCAGGAGCUUCUGCGGCCUGACCGCGUCGGGCAGCUGCCCAGCGGUCGGCUGGAGCGGGCCAGCCUGCUGCUGAUGCACGCCAGCGCGCUGAACCGCUCUGACGUCAUCCGGCUGCUGCUGCGCACCGUACACCUCAGCGCUGACGUCACGGACUCAGCCGGCACCACAGCCCUCAUCUGCGCCGCCAUGCGGGGUCACGCGGCAGCCGUGAACACGCUGCUGGACCACGGCGCCGACGUAACCACGUGACGGACGAGGGCGUGUCGGCACUGAGCGUGUGCCUGGCGCUGCACCACCCCGACUACGCCACCAAGUACCACCUGGACCAGCUGGCCGUGUUCACUUACCCGGACCUCACACAGGAGUUCGCCGGCGUGGUGGAGUGGCACGGCGGCGCGGACGUGCCGUACGUGCGUGGCGACCGGCCGUUCCCCGUGCG